AUGGUGUGUACGAAAUUCGGAGCCGUUCUACUCGUCUUUUGCCUGCUUUUCUCGGCUUCUUUCGACGCGGUCCUCGUUGGAGUCAAUGCCCACAGGCGGAGCCGCGCGACGCCAAUUAACCUGAGCUUCUACCCUUUCCCUGUCGAGCAUCACCAUCGACCGCGGGAGGAAGAGAUUGGGGGAAGAGAUUCAGGGCGGCGGCGCGGCGGCCUCCAUCCCUCCUUCUUCGACGAUUUUAUUUUUGAAGAGUUGGGUGAGGAGAGACGCGGGUGA